CCCAAACGACGUGCCCACCGCAGCCGAGGUCACGUCUCGAUGAAUUCAACACACGGCCCGGUCAACUCUUCUCUGAUAAACGACCGGGGGCCCCCCAAAUACGACUCGAUUCGCGUGCUCGUCCAAGUUGCGCUGGUCAUGAGCUCGUACGCACCGAUCGCCAUAUUCGCGUACUACUGCAAACGCGACAGCCCGCUCCUGCGGUACCGAAACCCCGUCGAAAUGGCUGUCACGACGUUUGCGGCAUACUUGAAUGGCCUGGCGCGGUGUUUGCGUCUGUUGUUCAACGACGAGAUUUCAUGCACCACGCGCUACUUGAUGAUGGGGUUGCCCACCGAAUGCGCCCUGUUGGGCUACAUCUUGACCCAGCUCCAUGUAGUGCUGACAUUCCACAUGACCGAAAUGAUGGUGGCCAUGGUCGAAGACAGUUCGCAGACGCAACCGUCCAGGAAAGUCCACUGGCUGCGACAGUUUGUACGAAGCGGGGCAUUUUCCAAGCAUCGCGUCGGGCUGUAUCUUGUGUGGGGGUGUCCUUUGUUCAUCAUCCUGUACGUCGAGGACUAUAGCACGGGCGGUGCAUCCACGUGCUCGGAUGACCUCGUGAAUCGCGUCUCGACGCUGCACACUGUCCAGCUCGUCUUGUCGACGGGGUUGUCGGUCCUGCUCUCGUUCAAAUUGAGCAAAGUCGUCGACAAUUACGGACUACGGAGGUCCUUCCAGAUUAGCAAUCGCGUCCUGAUCCUGUUGGCCAUCGUGGACGUGCUCUUUCUCGUUGUGUUUCCCGACGCGCUCGUGGUUGUCGAGUACUCGGUCGACAAUUUACUCGCGGUCCUCAUGUCCCACGCCGUCAUUUGCAUCCACAUCGUGUACCCGCUCAUUCACUCCUGUCGAAGCCGUCGGUCCCCGACCAACGAGACAUUCCACGGCACCAUGGCCAUCCUGGAUGCGUACUUGCGCACGGCCAAGGGGUACACGGCGUUUGCGACGUUUUCCAAGUCGGAGUUUGCGUUCGAGUGCGUGGUAGCGUGGAAAACUCUGGUCGACUUUCGAACGCAAGCUCCUGGAAGCCUCGAUGUGGACGAAAUCUACCGCCAGCACCUUGCCCCGUGCGCGCCGUUUUCCCUGGAAGGGAUUGUGCCAAAUAGCGUACGGACACGAUAUACCACGGCGUGCGAAGCCAACGGCAAGUACGCCGUCAGCUCGACCGCGGUGUCGCUCAACUGUCACUACUACGAUGUCCUGCUCGACGCAGUGGUCACUGUCAUGGUGACGAACCUGCUGCCUCGCUUCCAAAGGCACGAACUUGGUGCAGGAUGGACCACGUUCGUGAUAAGGCACCACACGGAAAGCGUACUCGAGUUGAUGCUUCAAUCUGAAGGAACAGACAAUCUUCCCGUCGCCAAGAUGAUCCAACCCAAGAAGAAUCGCCUGUCGGUCAUCGAGAGCCGACGUGACAGCGUCGUGACCGCCAGCCAAGACGACAUGCCGUGGGACGUCGACGAGAGCGAGCCAUGAACGCGGUCCAGUCGUGUGUCCUCUUGAAUAUACAUGCCCACUUGUGAUUGUCGGACAGGACGCGAUGCAACGAAGGAGCUCACAUGGAGCAUAAGAUGAACCAAACAUUCACG